UCAUACGCACCUCAAACGGACUUGAAUAUAUACGCAUAUGUGACCCCACCUUUAGUCACCCUUUGACAUUUUAACGAGAAUUCCUGUCGCCGCACAUGCGUUCCAACCUCGAUGAAAGGGCUUAUACAUGUAACGUUACUUGUAGUCAUCUCCAUGUUUACACAUUCAUUAUUAAGUCAUUCCGCUUUUCCAAAAUACAUUCCGUACACACCUUGGUACACACCAGGGUACACACGUAACAGGCAAUACAUUAUAUGGGGAGUCAGGUAUCAAGAUUGGUCAAAGGUCAGAGUUGAAGGCGCGCGUAUGACCUCUUGGUGCACGAAGCAAGUAGUGCUACAGUUUCUAUACUUUGGGCGCCCAGACAGCUAAAAAGAUGUACGCAACAAACAAAUCUCACUGUAAUGAUGUUCUGCACAUGCUGAACGAACUGAGGGAGCGAGCAGAGCUGACUGACGUGGUUCUGGAGGUGGAAGGGAGAAGUUUCCCCUGCCAUCGCGCCGUCCUGGCCUCCUGCAGUCCCUACUUCCGUGGCAUGUUCACCAGUGGCUAUGCGGAGUCCAAACAGGAAAGGGUCAGCAUCCAGGAUGUGAGUGAGGUAGCCAUGGCAACCAUUCUGGACUACGCCUACACCGGCCACCUUCAGACGGAGCCAGACCAGGUCCAGGCUAUGAUGUCUGCAGCCAGACUGCUACAGGUCGAUUUUGUAGGUCGUCAAGCUGCAGAAUAUAUGAAGGACCAUCUGGACGUGUCCAACUGUGCAGAUGUGUUGAUGUAUGCUGACAUGCUGGGGGACCUGGAUCUAGUGGAGUCCUGUGGGAGGUACAUCGCAUCAAGGUUCAACCAGGUGGCUCUACAACCAUCCUUUCUCCAGUUGCCACUGUCCCUUCUCCAGUCACUGCUCAACAGGGAAGACUUAAUGACCAGCUCAGAGGACAACAUUGUGCAAGCUGCUCUAAGAUGGGUUGAUUUCAACCAAGAAGAGCGUUUGCAGCACCUUCCUGCUCUUUGUAGAUGCUUUCGUGACUCCGCCAUCAGCUCAGAACUACUUGCAGAGCUCGAGAGUAAGUGCACAUCAACAGACGACAAGUUGGUUUACAGCAAAAGCACAAACCAGCGACUGGGACAGGUGCAAAUUGAAAUGCAGAUUUUCCUCAGAGAAGGGUUAUUAAAACAUCAUUCCCAGUAUGCUGCUCCUUGCUAUGACCCAUCCACAGGUGAACUGUAUGCACUUCAUAUACCUGACAAGCUGAACAACUUCUCUGUGACAGCCACUCCCAAUGAUGAGCUUUACCUGGCAGGGGGCAUCAGCAACAAGACUGGUCAGCCUAUCAAACAGAAGGAAUUUUACCAGUAUAACUACCAGUUAAACACCUGGGAACCAAGGUGUGAUAUGGAGUUGCCUAGAGUUAGUUGUGGUCUGGUGUAUCUGAAGGGCUACAUCUAUGCCAUUGGUGGUGAUAACUCUGAGAGAAGAGUAGAAAGGUACGAUCCAAGUUGUGAUGAGUGGACUUGGAUACCAGCCAUCCCUAAGCCCAUGUCCUCAGAACUCUGUGCUGUGACUCUUAAUGACAGCAUCUAUGUCAUAAGUAAGGAAGGCUGCUACUGCUUCGGUACCACAGAGAACAGGUGGAGCAAGAUGGCAGAUAUGCAGAAACCGCAAACGUGUCCUCAGGUCAUAACGUAUCAAGGGAGCAUCUACUGUUUAGACUGUGAGAAAGACUGGAGAGACUCUUCCUCAACUUGUGUAGAGAAGUACAACCCUACAGAAGGUGAGUGGAAGUGGUCAGGAAAUGGCUCAUUUACUUUCGACACGGCGACCCUGAUGGUAUAUGGAGAUACUCUGUACCUCCUCACUGUACUCAAACGCUGGAACCUGUUGGAAAGGGACAUGCAGUCCACAAUUUGCAUUUUUCAGUACCAGCCUGAGAUAGACUCUUGGCUGGAUCUUAAAGACAAGGGUAGGCUAGUUCCCCCCAUGGUAGAGUGGUUAGAGUCCAGCAGCAGAACAGAUUGCCUGACAGCAAGGAUGAUCCCAAUGUGCCUAGGGAAUCCAUGUCGCUUCGAGGACCUGGAGCUACAUUCUAUAAGUGAUGAAGAGGAGAGCCACUACACUUUUUCAGAUCCACAUGGAAGUGGAUUCCUAGAUAACAGUGACGAGGAGGAUGGCCUCCCAGACCAAGAGGACAGUGAUGAGGAUUACAGGGAGAGUGGAAGUGACAAUGGUGACAUCUGAGACACUUGGGACAAGGCAGAAGAUAAAACUGAUUGAGUCACUAAUGACAAGGUCUUAGGCAGAGCAAAAGAAAAGUUCUUGAAACAUUUUCUCAUUGCAACAAGCAAAAGCAACACAAAUAUGACACACCUGAUGCUUUGACAUAUAUUGAAAUACUGGGCAGGUGUGAAAUUGAAAGUGAUAACUAGAUUUGGAAAAUAUAUGGCUUGUAC